AUCGGUUAUAUUUUGCUACUUUAAGGAAUAGACCCAAAAGCACAAUACAUACCCACUAUUUCUCCAUCGAUGAGGAGCUGGUGUAUGAAAAUUUCUAUGCAGAUUUUGGACCUCUGAACUUGGCAAUGGUGUACAGAUACUGCUGUAAACUAAACAAGAAACUAAAAUCAUACAGUUUAUCAAGAAAGAAAAUUGUGCACUACACCUGUUUUGACCAACGGAAAAGAGCAAAUGCAGCAUUUUUGAUAGGUGCUUAUGCUGUAAUCUAUUUAAAGAAGACGCCCGAAGAGGCCUACAGAGCGCUGCUGUCGGGCGCGGCGCCCCCCUACCUCCCGUUCAGGGAUGCUUCAUUUGGAAAUUGCACUUACAAUCUCACCAUCCUUGACUGUUUACAAGGAAUCAGAAAGGGGUUACAACAUGGAUUUUUUGACUUUGAGACAUUUGAUGUGGAUGAAUAUGAACAUUAUGAGCGAGUUGAAAAUGGUGACUUCAACUGGAUUGUUCCAGGAAAAUUUUUAGCGUUUAGUGGACCACACCCUAAAAGCAAAAUUGAAAAUGGUUACCCGCUUCACGCCCCGGAGGCCUACUUCCCUUACUUCAAGAAGCACAACGUGACUGCGAUUGUGAGACUGAACAAAAAGAUCUACGAGGCGAAGCGCUUCACGGACGCGGGCUUCGAGCACUACGACCUCUUCUUCAUCGACGGCAGCACGCCCAGCGACAACAUCGUGCGCAGGUUCCUGAACAUCUGUGAGCACACCGAGGGCGCCGUUGCGGUCCACUGCAAAGCUGGUCUUGGGAGAACAGGAACGCUGAUAGCCUGUUACGUGAUGAAGCACUACAGGUUUACACACGCCGAAAUCAUCGCGUGGAUCAGGAUUUGCCGGCCAGGCUCCAUCAUCGGCCCCCAGCAGCACUUCCUCGAAGAAAAACAAGCAUCGUUGUGGGUCCAAGGUGACAUUUUCCGAUCCAAACUGAAAAGUAGACCAUCCAGUGACGGAAGUAUUAAUAAAAUUCUUUCUAGCCUGGAUGAGAUGUCUAUCGGUGGGAACACAUCUAAAAUCCAAAACGUGGAGAGGUUUGCAGAGAAUAAUUUAGAAGAUGAAGAUGUGGAAAUGAAAAAUAAUAUCACCCAGGGAGACAAACUACGUGCCUUAAAAAGCCAGAGGCAGCCACGCUCCUCACCGUCCUGUGCAUUUAGGUCAGAUGAUGUGAAAGGACACCCCAGGGCAGUGUUCCAGCCUUUCAGAUCAAGUUCUUCCCCACAAGGACCCGUGUCUACUUUGAAGACUCCAAAAGUGGCUUUGUCCCCGUCAGUGACAGCCAAGAGGAUAAACAGAGGUUCGCUGUCUUCGGGCACUGGUGUAAGAAGUUUCUCCAUAAACUCGCGGCUAGCCAGUUCUCUGGGGAGCCUGAACGCUGCGACAGAUGACCCGGAGAAUAAGAAGACCCCCUCGCCGUCCAAGGCGGCCUUUACAGCCAGCCCGUUCACCAACCUCUUGAACGGCAGCUCCCAGCCACCAGCUAGGAACUACCCUGAACUCAACAACAAUCAGUACAACCGAAGCACCAGCGGCGGCAGUGGGGGAAACCCGAACAGCCAGCCCGGUCCGCAGGGCGCCAAGACCGAGGAGCACGUCCCCGUCGUCCGGUCCCCGUACACCGGGCUCUCCUCCUCCUCAGCAAGAUUCCUGAGCCGGUCCAUCCCUGUAAGUUGCCUGACACCAUCUGUUGAUCCUCAGAGUCCGGAACGCAAUUUUUGUGCCCUCCCUUCCCACCAGAGGCUUCUGCCCAAGAAGCUGAAUAGCGCCAAGGAAGCCUUCUGACCACCGCCCGCUCUGUGCUGCGAGGCUCUGUGCCCUGCGUUCUCCUGGCUCCUCUCAAGUAAACGCCAAGUUUCAA